UCCGCCUGCCUUCUCGCUCACCCCGGGAGUCUCCGAAGACGCCCAUAGCAACAUCGCUGCGUCGAAUAAGAUAGUCGCACCGUGGAGCGGACGGAUUAAACGCCGCUUCUUCGCCGCGCUGACUACAGGUGUUCUGGGGAAAGGCCACACUUGGGUCGUCUGCGCCGUUAGCAUGGGGCGAGAGCACCGUUCGCUAGCUUGUUUUGGAUAGCCGAAGCGAAGCAGCACCCCCCGCCCUCCCCCCAAAGCCGUCCCGACGGAGUUAGCGUCGCCCUUCGCUAAACACCAAGUCUUUAACGAGAAUAAAGACGAGAAUGGUGCCCUGGAACUAGUUGUUUGGCAGACAGAGAAAGGCGAGGGGCGCACGGAGCACACCGCCGAGCUGUUCCGUUUGGACUUGAAGUGUUUUUUUUGAGAGAGAGGGAGCGGCUCUCCCGACGGACGCGGUUUGUUUUGUGGCUAGCUGGCUAGCGAGCUGAAGGAAGCGACCCCCCAUCUCCAGCGUCUCCCUGCUGCUACCUCGGCUAACAUUAGCAAUCCACACAAUAAAAACACAAGUGUGGGCAAAGAAAACCCCGCAGUUCGGACUAACUUUUAACUCGAAAACUAACUCCGGGCAGUUGGGUGGACUCUGCGCCUGAUACAAGCUUCGAUAAAAGUGCCAUCAGCUCAGUUGGCCAUGUAACUUUUUCUUUACGAUUUUCUGGGACUUGUCUUCAUUUCGGAUGCUGGCAUCACAAACUAAUUACAACCAUGAUGAUCAUAAGCAGAAAGCCAGAGGGCCCAAUCGCAACAGCGCGUCACGGUGAUGGACUUUACGACUCGUACAUGAGGACGGACCACAUCCUCAAAGAGGACGCAGACACCAACAGUCCUUCUGGCCUGCCCCCCAUGCCCAAGCUCGCAGCAGUCAGUAACAAGGGUGUGAUGAGGGAUCAGAUAACUGUACGAGGUGGCCAGCUGAAGGUCAAGUAUCUGUACGAGGACUCGGCUAACAAUCGCAAGAUCAGUGCCAUUACCACGGUUGCACCUCCAAACAACGGGACCAGCGGUCAAGCGGCCAGUAAGCCAGCACCACCCACCACCUUGUCCAAGGACCACAGCGGUGACAGCUCCGAUGCCAAUAAGGGCUCCAAUGACAACUCUGGCUCUCAAGUGGUUGCCAAUGGAGGGAACACGACCAAGCUGUGUGGCCCUCUCACGCCAGAACAGGCCGUGAGACUCUACCGGUCUCAACUGACCAGCCUUGAGCAGACGGAGAUCCACUCCUACUCGGACGUCUACUUCGUGGGACCCAACGCCAAGAAGAGGUCCGCCGUCGCCGGCGGCAGCAACAAUUGCGGAUAUGACGACGAGCAAGGUGGUUACAUCAACGUCCCCCAUGACCACCUGGCUUACCGCUACGAGUUUCUCAAGAUUAUUGGCAAGGGCAGCUUCGGUCAGGUGGCCAAAGUCUACGAUCACAAACUGCAGCAGCACCUGGCUCUGAAGAUGGUCCGCAAUGAGAAGCGUUUCCACCGCCAGGCGCAGGAGGAGAUCCGUAUCCUGGAGCACCUGCGGAAGCAGGACCGCAGCGGCACAAUGAACGUGGUGCACAUGCUGGAACAUUUCACCUUCCGCAACCACAUUUGCAUGACCUUCGAGCUGCUCAGUAUGAACCUCUAUGAGCUGAUCAAGCGCAACAAGUUCCAGGGCUUCAGCUUGCCCCUGGUCAGGAAGUUUGCUCACUCCAUCUUGCAGUGCCUGGAAGCCCUGAGUAGGCUCCGAAUCAUCCACUGUGACCUCAAGCCUGAGAACAUUCUGCUCAAGCAGCAGGGACGCAGCGGCAUCAAGGUGAUUGACUUUGGCUCCAGCUGCUUCGAGCACCAGCGCGUUUACACGUACAUCCAGUCUCGCUUCUACCGAGCUCCCGAGGUGAUCUUCGGCGCUCGCUACGGCCUACCUAUCGACAUGUGGAGCUUCGGCUGCAUCCUAGCCGAGCUGCUGACGGGCUACCCGCUUUUCCCCGGAGAGGACGAAGGCGACCAAUUGGCCUGCGUCAUGGAGCUGCUGGGCAUGCCUCCUCAGAAGGUUCUGGAUCAGGCCAAAAGAGUAAAGACCUUCAUCAACUCCAAGGGCCACCCCCGCUACUGCGGAUCCAACACCCUGCCCACGGGGGCCACCGUGCUGACGGCGUCUCGCUCCCGCCGUGGUAAGUUGAGAGGCCCUCCGGCUAGCAAAGAGUGGAGCGCUGCGCUCAAAGGUUGCGAGGAUGCCACCUUUAUUGACUUCAUCAAGAAGUGUUUGGACUGGGACCCGUCAUCUCGGCUGACUCCCAGCCAGGCCCUCAGACACCCUUGGCUCUAUCGGCGGCUGCCCAAAUCGCUGCCCGCGGCCGAUCGGAGCCAAGGGGCCCCCGCCAAGCGCCUCCCCGGGGAUCACCACAGCACAUCCUUCCCUUCCAUCACAGCCAAGGGGGGAUCAGGCCUGGGCACCGCCGCUGCCAACAACAAACUGAGAAGCAACAUGUUGGGGGAUUCAGGCGAGGCCAUACCUAUUCGCACAGUCCUACCCAAACUCGUCACUUAGAGACAGACGGAGAGAGAGAGCGCCACUCAUCUCCUCUCUCCCUCCUCCCCUUCGUCCUCCUCUGCACUUCUCAGGAGGAGUCAGAGCGCAGGAGAAAGUGGAGUCUAGGUUUUAAAAUGGUCGCUUGUCCUUUGUUUUUUUAACUGAGCGGUGUCGACACCCCAGUUUUGGCUUUUUGAUAUUAGCUAAGCAAACGAGAGACGACACAAGGAAAAAACAACAACCUCUCAUUAAGUUUUUCUACAGAAGAUUUCCCCAGGCGGCUGUGCGGUUUCUAUACAGUCGUUGAUUUAGAUCAUGCUUUGUACAAAGGUGUGAGUGUUUUUAAUGUGAAUUUGUUCCCACGCGAGUGUUUUUAGUUGGCCGCACUCAGAUGCCUCACUCUGCAUUAUCAAACGCUCUGAGGAGUUAAAAGGGCUACAAACUCCCGACUUAGCUCACUAGCAGACAAAGCUUUAUUCAGUCAACAGUUGCAGUCCAAAAGAGCACACUGACACAUUCAGGCAACACUUUGACGACAGCAUCAUGUAGUUUCCGCAAUAACCUUCCACCUCUUCUCAUCGAACUCUCUACCUAAUCCCGGUGCUAGGCAAUAUGUGACAUUAGUGUGUGCGUGAACAUGUUCGGCUUGGCGGUUUCUACUGCCGGAGACACGAAGAGCGAUCGACGUAUGUUUAAAGUCCCCUCGUCCUGAAGGUUGAAGAUGAAGUGUCAUGGUCUCACUUUGCUUACUGGCUCCUACCUAGCCUCCUGCCCGAAGCCAUAUAGUCGUGUUUUAGGACCACUAAAAUGCACUUGUUUUUUUUGUUUUUUAACAGUGUAAUGUCAGCUCACGUCUCCCUACCGGGGAGGGUGGAAUACCGUUUAAAAGAAACACGAGCUUAAUGUUACCGAAUGUGAUAAUUAUGAGCCAUUUUCUUUCUCUUGAGAAGAGCCAGUAGCAAAGAUGGCCCUCUGUGGUACCGAUUAGAAGGCAUGUUUCUCAGGGAGACAUACUUGAUACAUCCCUUAAUCUUAUAUAGCAGGGUUCCCCAACCACUAGACCACAAGCCAGCUGCACAGAGAGACUGAACAAAUGAAUAAUUGAUCAUCAGAAUCAUUUAUUGUUUUUGGAAGAAAAAAAAAAAAAAGUGUUCCUCUUUCAAAAUGUUAAUGAAAAGAAAAGAAAAAAGCCAAAUAAGGAAAAACGAUUUAAAAAGACAAUGUCAACAGUCCUACCUAAGGUGCGGUGUUAUAACUCAUUGAUGCGCCAAAAGUGAUGACACAAUAAAAGAAAUUACGCCAAGAUCAGCACAGAGCUCCCACUAAUUACAAUUCCAUUCUGCCUGACAGAGCAUUGUAAAUGCAACCAUUUGAUUUAGUUUAUUCGCUUGUCUGUUGAAACGUCCACUCUGCAGCGCAUUAAAGGUUGGGGAGCGCCGCUUGCGUACAGUAUAGUUGUGUUGCCGUGACGCAGCGGCGCCGCAAAUGGGGCCCGGCCUGCGUGCUCCACAAUCUGACCUAGAUUCACUCCCCUCCUCCCCCUUGUACUGUCAUCUAGGCCAGGGAACCUUGUCAACCCAAUAAUAUAUAUAUUGAAUUAUGGUGCUGUUCAGUCACACACAAAUCUACAAAGUAGUCAGGUGCAUGUUGUAUGGACCACACUGCUCAAAGACUUGUCUAUCUCAUCCCUUGUUUUCUAAGUAAAACUGUCAGGGAUUUCUACUCCAUUGUUGUUGAUUAUUGUUUGUUUGAAUAGAAGUGGUUUCGAUUGCGAGUCACUCCCAAAAUGUCAAGUGGAAAUCAAAUCCAAACACGGGAUUCAGAAGACAAGAUGGAUGCUGUCAUGUUGUACUCGUGGUGUGCGGUAUAGUAGCAAGAUGUUUGCUGUUCCAGCAUGAGAUCACAAUCUUAAAAAGUUAACUGCUGAGUGACGACCAGAAGAGAAAUGUAAAGUAACCAAACGAAGUUGUCAUAGUUUUUUUUUUUAAGAAAAAUAAAUGAAAAUGGUUGUUAA